UACAAAACUGUUUAUUUAAAUUAGAGUGUGUUACUCUUAAAACAGUAUUUUAUUUAAUAAAAAGUGAAUAAAAUUGCUAAAUACAAAUUAAACACAACUAGUAGUAUAUAAAACCGUGUGUUAAGUUGAUAAUAAAGCGAGUUUGGCAACACUUUAUUUCUGACAGCCGGCAAUAAGCACUGUGCGUGGUUUUUUUUAUUUGAUUUCGAAACAUUGCGAUUUUCUGCCAAUUUUUCAAUAUUAGUGAAGCUGUGUACAAUUAAUAAUAGUAAGAAUAAAGAGUUAGACUCUCAUUGCAUAAAACUAUAAAAAUUUACAACAUUUAGCCAACUAAACUGCCUGCGGGUUGAAGGCUGAAAUUUUUUUUACCGCCAAUUUGUUGGAAGCAAGAAACACGAUAUGUUUGGGCAACAAAAUCUUGGUGCGACCACUGCCGCUCCUUCUACAAAUCGCAUGAAUGAUUUCGAAGUAACAAUGCCGCCCGAUGAUUCCGUAUCCGCAUUGGAAUUCAGUCCCAGCACGAUACCACAGAACUUUCUCAUAGCGGGCAGCUGGGAUAGCAGCGUGCGUUGUUGGGAAGUGGAGCAGACAGGUAAAACUGUGCCAAAAUCAAUGAAAACAAUGGGCGGACCAGUAUUGGAUGUAUGUUGGUCGGAUGAUGGCACAAAAGUGUACAUGGCAUCUUGUGACAAACAAGUAAAAAUGUGGGAUUUAGCUUCGGAUCAAGUGGUGCAGGUGGCGGCGCACGAUGCGCCCGUAAAGACAUGCCACUGGAUAAAAGGCUCAAAUUAUAGUUGUCUAAUGACUGGUUCGUGGGAUAAAACUUUAAAGUUUUGGGAUACACGCACGCCCAAUCCACUAAUGGCAAUAAACUUGCCAGAACGCUGUUACUGUGCCGAUGUGGAUUAUCCAAUGGCUGUUGUGGGCACUGCAAAUCGUGGACUAAUUGUUUAUUCACUAGAAAACACACCGACUGAAUUUAAACGACAAGAUAGCCCAUUGAAAUAUCAACAUCGUACAAUAUCAAUAUUUAGGGAUAAGAAAAAAGCGCCGACCGGCUAUGCGCUUGGUAGUAUCGAGGGUCGUGUUGCGAUCCAGUAUGUAAAUCCAGUGAAUCCAAAAGACAAUUUCACCUUCAAGUGCCAUCGUACCACUGGCACUGCAGGUUAUCAGGAUAUUUAUGCCGUAAAUGAUAUCGCGUUCCAUCCGGUACAUGGCACUUUAGUGACUGUGGGUUCAGACGGCACUUUCAGCUUCUGGGAUAAAGAUGCGCGUACAAAACUUAAAUCUUCAGAGACAAUGGAUCAAUCGAUUACAAAAUGUGCUUUUAACAAUAAUGGACAGAUAUUCGCUUAUGCGGUUGGCUAUGAUUGGUCGAAGGGCCACGAGUACUUCAAUCCCGGCAAAAAACCACAAAUCUUCCUACGUUCUUGUUUCGAUGAACUCAAACCGCGUAUUGCUUAAAUAGUAUACGUUAGCAUAUAAAUAAGUUCGCAAUUAAUUCCCCCAAUAGCACUAGUAACUAAAUUUGAAACCGAUGCAUUUCAGUGAGUAGAAAUACAAAAGUAAAACCUAAAGAAAAACAAAAAAACUAAACCAAAAUAAAACACCGCAACACAACCUUUUUAAUUAUCCUAAACGCUGUAUUUGGUACUUGUUUAACCGGCUAUCAACGUGUAACAAUGGAUAAUAACAAACAAAUUUGGUAAUUGUUUGCUUUAUUUAAAAGUAGCAUUAAAGACGAAUGUUCCAUAUCGAGCAGUGUUUAAUGAUGAGCGCCUUCGGAGUGUUCACCAUCACCAUGUCCGUGACCAUGACCAUGCGCAUCUU